AGUGGGCCAGUGAGUCGCUGUACAAGACAUGAAGACGUAUUUUAUCAUCGCUGUUUUGGCUGCAGCGGUAACUUCAAACGUAAUUGGAGUUCUAUCUUCGCCACCGAGUUUACCCAAAGAAAGAAUUCAGCUACAAUGCCUUCACAACUUCAUCUUUUUGAAAAUCGACUUAGGAGACAUUCCUAACAUCGAGCCAUCUACUCUGCGUUUACGGCGGUUAUCAUGUAAGCCAUACUCUGUCGCAAACGGCAGUGCUUUCUUUAGAGUACCUUUUCGAGGCUGCGGGACAACUCGCGGAACCCGAGGCCACCACAUUUCUUUUUCAAAUGCUGUGGAGAAUUCUGCGAGAUCACUUAAUGAAUCACAUGUGGGAGUAUCGCAAGGGCUCAAAUUGCACGUUCCUUUCACGUGUUACUACCGUUCAAAGUACACCAUAACUGUGCAGGAGGCAAAGGGAAAUAUAACGAGAAAUCACAGUGCAAGGAAACAAAAGAUUGAAGGUCAUGCAACGAGGUCAAGACCAGUCCCAGUGCGAUCUUCGUCUGAUAGAAAAGUGACGUCCCUUCCUUACAGCAUUUUGUCUGUUGUGUUCGUGUUUUCAUCACCUGUCUUCAAAUGACGUUUGCUCCAUCUGCCAUAGUCUAGCUAUGGAUAUAUCAACAAAGUUGAAAUGGUAAAUUGGCCACCGUAACGACUGCAAAAGCUGUUAGAGAGAAGAGAGCUAAACAAAAACAAUAUAAAAAUAAACAAAACAAAACAACAUAAAAAAAAGUGGAUAGGAACGCACCCAUUUUUCCCUUCCCAUAGCCCCUCGUGCUUAGCGCUUGUCACCAGGUUCUUAUACCCAAUGUUGUUUCUAAGUUUCUUGGGAAAAGCUUGGCGAAGAGGCUAAAAUGAUUCAGUUCUUGUUAGGGCUUGAUCCAAUACGCAUCACGAGCUCCGUUCUGGGCGAUAUGUGUUUAUUGAGCUUUCCAGACGUACAUGUACUUUGGGCGACAAGAAGCCUCUCGAUCACAUAAUUAUGUAAAAG